CUACAACUGUCUUUCUGUAGUUUGUUUGUGUUGGCGGAAGUUCCAAUCGGAUGAGAUCUUUUGCCCAGUUUAUCCAUGAGCAGCUGAAUCUGCCCGGCAACAUGGCAGACAUCAGAGAUAUCUGUGAGGGAACGGACCGCUAUUCCAUGUUUAAAGUGGGACCUGUGCUGUCCAUUAGCCAUGGAAUGGGCGUUCCCUCCAUCUCCAUCAUGUUGCAUGAGCUCAUUAAAUUGCUCUAUCAUGCUCGUUGUCGUGAUGUCAUCAUCUUUCGCAUUGGCACAUCAGGCGGAGUUGGUCUGUCUGCAGGCACUGUAGUGAUCACAGAUAAAGCUGUAGACUCGUUCUUCAGGCCACAGUUUGAGCAGGUGGUUUUGGGAAAGGUAAUCGUCAGAAGCACAGAGCUAGACGAGGAUGUGGCCCAAGAGCUGCUGCAGUAUUCCUCAGAGCUUCCAGAUAUUCCCACUGUUAUUGGAAACACAAUGUGCACCCAUGACUUCUAUGAAGGUCAAGGGCGACUGGAUGGAGCACUGUGCUCAUUUUCCACUGAAGAAAAAUGGGAAUAUCUGAGAAAAGCCAGCGAGGCAGGCGUCAGGAACAUUGAGAUGGAAUCCACUGUCUUUGCUGCCAUGUGUCGUGUCUGCAAUCUUAAAGCUGCAGUGGUGUGUGUGACUCUGCUAAACCGGUUUGAGGGGGAUCAGAUUUCUACACCUCAUGAUGUUCUCCUGGAAUAUCAGCAGCGACCGCAGUGCCUUGUGGCUCAUUUCAUCAAGAAGCGCCUCGCACUUAUCUCAUAAAUCCUGUAAUGAACAUCUACAGUGUACAUAAUACUGUUCAUAGUGUGUUUGUGUUAUUUAAUGGUGACAUUCACAUUCCUAAACCAUCCUCAGCUGACUUCCUUAAAUAUCAUCUCUAAUGAACACCUCACUUUACUAGUUACUAAUACUAGUA